AAUCCGGCCCUCCAAUUGUUAACUACCGUGUUAGUCUUUUUGGGGAAUACGGCGUAUCCUAUUGUCCUCUUCUUCAUCAUUAAGUUCCUCAAUCUCGUGUUAAAGUGUACUAAACACCACAAAACUAUUAAAUAUAUAUUACAAUACCCACGACGAUGCUCGACACAUAUCUAUCCAUGGAAAGCUACGAAAUGGCUGUGUGGAGUGUUUGUUAUAAUUUUGAUUAUUAAUUCUAUUAUAGAAAUGUCACUGGACUUUAAAGUGUUUAAGGAUAUCCCCCCAGGAUAUAGAUUUGUUACUAUAUUCACACAAUCAACGUGGACAAGAACAGCAGGCUUCGCAGGAUUGGACUUCGGAAGGAUCUCAUCGGGAUGUCUCGUGAUGAUGAUAGGCUUCAUGUACUUGUCAUCGUAUCCAACUACAGUGACAUUAAGAGAGACAAACCCAUAUAUGCGGUGUAAAGAAAAUGAUAAUCCCGACAGUGGUGUGAUGUACCAAGCAAAGAACUUAUUAGCGUUUGACGUGAUCUGUUUCUACUCAUUCUUCUUCUUAAUCUGUUGUUGCGAACAAAACGAGUUACGAGCUGACAACGACUACACCGAGUUCAUGAUCUUAUUUGAAGUCAUUUCCGCAUAUGGCACGGUCGGAUAUUCAAUUCCUAUGAAAAACGGCGCGUAUUCCGUCUCUGCCAAUUUUAAAGACAUUUGUAAAGUCUUUAUGUGUUGUGUGAUGAUGUUUGGCAAGCAUCGAGGGUUCCCCGAACGUGUUGAUCGUGGGUUCACUCCUUAUCAAUUGGUUUUAAGUCGUGACGACUUAGAGUCUGCUGUCGAUUAUAAUGAAAGACAUGAAGCUGUCGGCUUAUUAGAUCAGACGGGAAAACAAGCCAUUCGUGGCGAUGAGGUUGAGAUGAGGACUUCCAAAGAUUCUAAUUUGGCGUCCGUAUCAAUGCGAUCAAGUUCAUUUGAUGUAGGAAGAAUAUGUGACGCAACAAUGAGAUCAUCGAGUAACACUAAUGAUCCUCAUUGA